GUUGACAGCAGCUGGCGCCGGGAGAGGAUCCUGCACGUGCCGCUGUGCAGAGAGGACUGCGAGCAGUGGUGGGAGGACUGCAAGGACUUCGUGACCUGCAAGGACGACUGGCACAAGGGCUGGAACUGGGCGACAGGAACCAACCGCUGCCCGUGGGGCUCCAUGUGCAGGCCCUUCAGCGAGGUCUUCCCCCACCCUAAGGACCUGUGCGAGAAGAUCUGGUCCAGCUCCUACAGGUACAGCCCGGAGCGGCGAGGGAGCGGGCGCUGCAUCCAGAUGUGGUUCGACCCUGCCCAGGGCAACCCCAACGUGGCGGUGGCCAAGUUCUACGCCUGGAAGAAGAGAUCCUCACCCUCUGGGAUGGAAAACGUGGCGCCGGAGGCCGACGAGGCCGCGCGGCCCCUGCCCUGGCCCGUCCUGGUCCUGCUGCUGCUGCCCCUGGCCCUUGUGGGGGUCCCUGGGGGCUGGGGGUCCCAUGGGUGGGGGUCGCUGUGA